AUGGAGCCGCCCGCGGCGGACCCGCUGAGCCCGGACGCAGCGGGGGGCAGGCAGGGGUCGCCCACCGUCGCCGACGCUCUGGCCGCCCUGUCGCUGGACCGCGACCUGCGCGCGGCGCAGAGCGCGCCGGAGCUUCUGGGGUUGUCGCUGAUGCGCAGCCUGAGGGUGUCAGCCGCGCAGGCGCGCGAACUGCUGGAGAGCGACGCUCGUCGGCUGGCGCGGGCCUUCGUGGCCACCGGCGAGCAGAACUCGGUGCACCUCGUGCGGUGGCUGGAGGGCCUCACGCAUUUCGGGGGGGCGCUGGCCGAGCUUGUGCUGCUCCACCCGGGCCACGCGCGCUUCACCGUCACCGCCGUGGGCACGGGCAUGCGCUCGCCCUCCCCCGCCGUCGCGGAGUGGCGCGGGCUGCCAAAGGGCGUCUGCGGCGGGCUGGUGGGCACCCCGCUGCGGAGCGUGGCGUCCAGCUGGCUGGUGGAGUCGCCGGCGCUGAAGGACCUCGCCGCGGUCCUGGCGGCGCGGCCGAGUGCGCAGGCGCCGGUGACGGCCAUCAUCUCGGCGCUGCGCGCGGAGCUCGCUGCUGCCGCUGCUGACGCAGCACCUGAAGCGGGUGUGCAGAGAUGA